AUGCAGGCCUCAGGCCAGGGGCACAGGGGCGCGGCGGGCGUCACUGAUGGCCCGGGGCCCUGGCGUCCUGGUGGCCCAGGGGGCGUGCUGGCAGCCCAGGAGGCGGGUGCUGCGGGCGGCGGAGGUACUCAGGGCAUCGCGGCAGCAAGGGCCUCAGGGCCAGGAGGAGGCGUCCCUCGUGGGCCACGUGGUGGCCCGGCUUCAUGGCUGAAUGGAUGCUGCAGAUCUCUUGGGACCAGGAGGCCGGACAGCCGCCUGCCCAGGUUCUACCUCACCAUGCCUUUCCCGACACCCAUGGAAGCAGAGCUGGCCCACAGGAGCCUGGCCCGGGAUGCCCCACCUCCCGUGCCAGGGGGUGCUCUGAAGGAGUUCACCGUGUCUGGCAACAUACUGACUAUUCGACUGAUUGCUGCGGACCACCGCCAGCUCCAGCCUCCAUCAUCCUGUCUCCUGCAGCUUUCCUGUUGA